UAUUUUGCAGUACCUAAUACUACUGGUGCAGGUUUAUUUGGUAUCUGGCAGGAAAGAAUGAGGGAGGUCCAGCAUGGUGCGCACACUGUAAGAUCCCAUGGAGUUAUAGUUGCUAAGUCACACAAGUAUGAUUGGCUUACACUGAUGCUUCUUGUAGUGAUAAAGAUCGUCCUAAAUAGCAUUCAUCCAUUUUACCGGUAUGUGGGGAAGGGUAUGAUGACUGGCCUCAAAUAUCCCCUGAAAGAUAAUACUGUGCCUGUAUGGGCUGUGCCUAUGUAUGCAGGUUUGUUGCCCAUCACCAUUUUCCUUGCCUUCUAUUUUCGUAGGAGAGACGUGUAUGAUCUCCAUCAUGGUGUACUAGGCAUUUUAUUCUCCCUAUUGAUUACGAUGGUCAUUACGGAUGCAAUAAAAAAUGCAGUUGGUUGGCCUCGACCAGAUUUCUUUUGGCGUUGUUUCCCUGAUGGAAAGGAAGUUUAUGAUAAUUUGGGUAACGUAGUUUGUCAUGGAAAGGCCAAUAUCAUAAAGAAUGGAUACAAGAGUUUCCCUAGUGGUCAUACUUCAUGGUCCUUUGCAGGUUUAGGGUUUUUGUCAUUAUACUUAUCAGGAAAGAUAAAAGCUUUUGAUCAUAGGGGUCAUGUGGCAAAGCUAUGCAUUGUUUCUGUUCCUCUACUUGUGGCAUCUCUUGUUGGCAUUUCUCGAGUGGAUGACUAUCGACACCAUUGGCAGGAUGUUUUUGCUGGAGGCCUCUUAGGCCUCACAGUGGCUACAUUUUGCUACUUACAAUUCUUUCCACCACCAUAUCAUACUGAUGGUUGGGGCCCAUACAAAUAUUUUUUGGUGUUGGAGGAAUCAUGUUCCCGUGCACAACCAAAUCAUGCUGUAAAUAUACCUAAUGUGCAGGGUUUGGAAGUAGAGACUGUUCACCAACAGGGAACACCAAGAAACAAUGAAUUUCCAAGGUUAUCUGAUGCACAUGAUUCUAGCCCACUGUCAGUUGGAACGGAAUCAAGAACAUUGGAUGAAAUGGAAUCUGGGAGGAGGUAACCUUGUAUAUUGUAAUUUGUUUCAGCCUGAAAUUCUGUUUUCCAUGCUUUAACCUGCAUUUUUCUUAUGUAAAUAUGAGAAGACAACUUCACCUAUCAA